GCCCGGUCAUAGCCUUCUUCCUUUCGCGCCGGUAGCUGGAGAGCCGCGCGUCCCAUGUGCGCAUCGCCCCGGACCUGUAAAGAUCGCUGAGCCUUUCACACACCGAGCCACACGUCUGAGCCUUGUUAUGGAUCUUAACACUCUGAUCGAGGCCCUUCGGGGCACCAUGGACCCGAAUUUACGGGAGGCCGCUGAGAGACAACUGAAUGAGGGCCACUCUCAGGUGAACUUCACAGCCACGUUACUGCAGUUGACCAUGUCCGACCAGCUGGAUCUGCCGGUCCGACAAGCAGGCGUGAUCUAUUUGAAGAACAUGAUCACGCAGUACUGGAGCGAAGGUGACAACACGCACAGCGAAGCGCCUGGGAGUAACAUCCCCGAAGAGGACCGCCAGUUCAUCCGAGACCACAUCGUCGAGGCCAUCAUUCAGUCCCCAGAGCGCAUCAGAGUGCAGCUCACCACCUGCAUUCACCACAUGAUUAAGCACGAUUACCCCAACAAAUGGACGGCCAUCGUGGACAAGAUUGGCAUUUACCUGCAGACCGACAACAGUGCCUACUGGCUGGGCAUCCUGCUGUGCCUGUACCAGCUAGUGAAGAACUACGAGUACAAGAAACCAGAUGAGCGGCAGCCACUAAUCGCUGCCAUGCAGAUCUUCAUGCCCAUGCUGAAAGACCGCUUCAUCCAGCUGCUGCCAGACCCCUCCAGCGACUCUGUGCUGGUGCAGAAACAGAUCUUCAAGAUCCUUUAUGCGCUCUUUCAGUACAAUCUCCCUCUGGAGCUGAUUAACAGGCAAAACCUGACCGAAUGGAUGGAGAUCAUGAAGACCGUCGUGGACAGAGAUGUGCCUCCGGAGACCCUGCAGGUGGAUGAGGACGAGAGACCCGAGCUGCCCUGGUGGAAGUGUAAGAAGUGGGCUCUCCACAUCUUGGCUCGGCUGUUCGAAAGAUACGGCAGCCCUGGCAACACUACCAAAGAGUACACGGAGUUUGCCGAACAUUUCCUCAAGGGUUAUGCCGUGGCUGCUCAGCAGGUGCUGCUGAAGGUGUUGUAUCACUAUAAAGAGAAGCAAUACGUAGCACCCCGAGUCCUGCAGCAGGCCCUGAACUAUAUUAACCAGGGUAUUGCUCACGCCGUCACCUGGAAAAACCUCAAGCCUCACAUCCAGGGCAUCAUUCAGGACGUGGUCUUCCCCCUCAUGUGCUACACAGACAGCGAUCAGGAGCUGUGGCAGGAGGAUCCCUACGAGUACAUUCGCAUGAAGUUCGACGUGUUCGAGGACUUCAUCUCGCCCACGACGGCCGCUCAGACCCUGCUCUUCACCGCCUGUAACAAAAGGAAAGAAGUAUUGCAGAAGACCAUGGGCUUCUGUUAUCAGAUCCUCACCGAGCUCACCUCCGAUCCCCGCAAGAAGGAUGGCGCUCUACACAUGAUCGGCUCCUUGGCUGAGAUCUUGCUCAAGAAAAAGAUCUACAAAGACCAGAUGGAGUUCAUGCUGCAGAACCACGUGUUUCCGCUGUUCCGCAGUGAGCUGGGGUACAUGAGAGCGAGGGCAUGUUGGGUGCUGCACUACUUCUGCGAGGUGAAGUUUAAGAGCGACCAGAACUUACAGACAGCCCUGGAGCUGACCCGCCUCUGCCUCAUCAACGACAACGAGAUGCCCGUGAAAGUGGAGGCUGCCAUCGCCCUGCAGGUCCUCAUCAGCAAUCAAGAGAAAGCCAAAGAGUACAUCACCCCGUUCAUCCGGCCAGUGAUGCAGGCUCUGCUUCACAUCGUGCGCGAGACCGAGAACGACGACCUCACCAACGUCAUCCAGAAGAUGAUCUGCGAGUACAGUGAGGAGGUGACUCCCAUCGCCGUCGAGAUGACCCAGCAUUUGGCUAUGACCUUCAACCAGGUGAUUCAGACUGGCCCUGACGAGGAAGGGGGCGACGAUAAAGCAGUCACAGCCAUGGGCAUCCUCAACACCAUCGACACACUGCUCAGUGUAGUGGAGGACCAUAAAGAGAUCACGCAGCAGUUGGAAGGGAUCUGUCUGCAAGUGAUCGGCACAGUUCUGCAGCAGCACGUUCUAGAAUUCUAUGAAGAGAUCUUGUCACUGGCUCACAGUCUGACGUGUCAGCAAGUGUCCCCACAGAUGUGGCAGCUCCUCCCACUGGUCUACGAGGUCUUCCAACAGGACGGUUUCGACUAUUUCACAGACAUGAUGCCACUCCUCCACAACUACAUUACAGUCGACACGGACACGCUUCUGUCUGACACCAAGUACCUUGAAAUCAUCUACAGCAUGUGCAAAAAGGUUCUGUCAGGUGACCCAGGAGAGGACCCAGAGUGCCACGCUGCCAAGCUGCUUGAAGUCGUCAUCCUGCAGUGCAAAGGACGUGGCAUCGACCAGGUGGUUCCCCUGUUCGUAACCACAGCUCUGGAGCGUCUGACGCGAGAGGUGAAGACCAGCGAGCUGAGGACCAUGUGCUUGCAGGUGGCCAUCGCGGCACUCUACUAUAACCCUCCUCUGCUGCUCAACACGCUGGAGAAUCUGCGCUUCCCCAACAACACGGAGCCCAUCACCAACCACUUUAUCUCUCAGUGGCUCAAAGAUGUCGACUGUUUCCUCGGGCUUCACGACAGAAAGAUGUGCGUAUUGGGGCUGUGCGCUUUGAUGGAUCUGGAGCAGAGACCGCAAGCGGUCAACCAAGUAGCGGGACAGCUCCUCCCUGCUGCCAUCCUCCUGUUUAGCGGCUUGAAGAGGGCCUACGCCUGCAGGGCCGAGCACGAGAAUGAGGACGACGACGACGACGAAAAUGCAGAAGAGGAGGACGAGAACGCUGAACUCGGAAGCGACGAGGACGACAUUGACGACGAAGGGCAGGAAUACCUCGAAAUGCUCGCCAAGCAAGCAGGAGAAGAUGGUGACGAUGAGGAGUGGGAGGAAGAUGAUGCUGAAGAGACCGCGUUAGAGGGAUUCGCCACCGCUGUCGACGACGAGGAGAAUCCUGUUGACGAGUACCAGAUCUUCAAAGCCAUAUUACAGAAUCUCCAAAGCCGUGAUCCCACAUGGUACCAGGCGCUCACUCAGGCUUUGGAUGAAGAGCAGGGUAAACAGCUCCAGGACAUCGGCACACUUGCAGAUCAGAGACGAGCAGCACAUGCCCGUUUUCACCAAUCACAUGAUGGUUCCAAACCAGGGAGAGUGACCGCUAAGAUGAGCCUCCUCUGAGAAAAGUGAAACCAGUGUCACAUGAUCGGUUAGUGUCACUGUGAUUGGGUGCAAGGGAUGUUGUUACAGGGUUCAUACAAGCUGCUUGAAGAGCACUUAAAAAAAAUAAAAUAAAAAAAAAAUAAAAAAAAACGCAUUUUAAAAUUGUUUUUUUGUGUGUAAUUGUUAUUAGACUUUUUAAUGAAUUUAAUGAAUCUGAAUUGAAAAACUACAAACCAAUUAAAUGAUCACAUUUUUAUUGAUAACACACCAAAACAAAAAAUAUCUUCAUUCAGUUCUGUAACUAUUCAAAUUAACAGUUAAAAAAAAAUAAUAAUUUUUUUUUUAUCCAAAUAAUGUAACGUUAACUUAUGCAAAACAACAGACGAGUAAUGAACUUAGCAGCUCUAGGCUAGCGUCUUACAAAUACAAACAGUUUAAAUAUGCUACAGAAUCAUUUUAAUCAAAACAGCAGACUAACACAGAAUGGGAGAGGCCCGCUCUUCUGUUUUGGUGUUUUGCUGCAUAUUGAACGGGACGUUGUGUUUUCAGGCGGUGUAUCAAACCUGUCAUGGGAAAGUGUUUGUGCACUAUAACCCCUCUUGAAAUUUCUGCAGAGCAAACACUGGAGAUUACAAAUUUGAUGUCCUUAUCAGAAACUUUGAAGUAUUUCCAAAACCACUGACGUGAUCGCCCUUUGCCAUGUAGCGCCAUGAUAACCGAACAACGGUUAGAAUGAAAUCUGAGCACUGAGGGGCAGGACGGAGCACAGUGGCGUGUAUCUGCAGCUCGUAUUUUCAGCCAAAAAUGCGGCGGCCGAAAUUUGGUGCAUCCCUAAUUUUCUAUCAAGCAGUGCUUAAAAAGUGCUUGAAUUAUAAAAAGUCAAUAAGUACGGAAUCGCUAAAUAAUGUGAAGGGGUUUAUUUUUUUGAGCGGACCAUGAAUACAAUCCCUCUCCUCCUGCUGUGUUCGUUCACUCACUCAUUUUAACAGACCGAGCUCCGGUCCACUUUUCAGGCCCUUUUAGCACACGCACACAACCCACAUUCAGUGUGCGAGAGAAAAGAAGAAACUUUCUGAGUGAUCCUUUUACAUGUUAAUAUAACCAAACGUCACAGCACCACCGUUGUCUUUAACUUGUGUGUCUGGUGAUUUUUGUCGGAAAACGUCGUGGUUAUAAAAUCAGGAUUUUAGCAGUGCAGAGCAGCAGCUUGGAAGUGACUGCUGGUUAACACGUAGUCGUGACGUGCCGCUUUUCAGUCACUGUUUCGUACUCGUUCUGUCAUCCGACAACAAAAACAGAGAUGUCAACGAGAACUGCUUUAUUGCGAAUUCGGCUGUAUCAUUAUACAGCAUGUGAGAGCAGGAGAGAACUAAACGGAUGUAAACAGCCAACACUAGGCAGAAUGCAAGUAUGCUAUGAUGUAAUGAAUAUGCUAAUUAGCGCAUGACAUCCUCUAUCGACAAUUAGAGACUUUCCAUUGAAAGUAGUUGGCAGCAGUGCCCCUGUCACUCACAUGGAGUAUACCUGGAGUAUUUUAUUAUAAUAUGAGUAUACAUGGAGCAUUCAAACCUACUUAUAGUUCAAUAAUGCUUCUAUUUAAUGUCAGCCAAAAGUGUCGCACUGAAUAGGAAAGGGGAAAAAAAGCAAAACAUUUCAUCUGUUUAUUUUAGGAUUCAUUACUAGUCAGCUCCUUUCUAUCAGAGCGUCACGGUUCUAAUAUUGAGAGAUUGCGAUAUCUCAGAAAAGUAUAUUGUGACGUCUUAACAGUAUUGAUAUCAUUUUGCCCAUGCCUAUGAUUUAGUAUUAUCAUUUCAGUUUGUAUACGUUUUACAUACGCACUAUUUUAUUAUUAUUUCUCAUAAGGUUUACAAUCGAAAUCCAACUCGUCUUUGCUAAUUGGUGUCCGUGUAUCUCUCCCUCUCUGGUUUCAGAAUCAAAGAUGAUCGAGAAGCACGGGGG